AGAGAACUCGAUGCCACCGCAACAGUAUUGGCAAACCGGCAAGAUGAAAGCGAGCAGUCCAGAAAGCGGCUCAUCGAGCAGAGUCGCGAGUUCAAGAAGAACACUCCAGAGGAUUUGCGCAAGCAGGUAGCACCACUGCUGAAGAGCUUCCAAGGGGAGAUUGAUGCACUGAGUAAAAGAAGCAAAGAAGCUGAGGCAGCCUUCUUGAAUGUCUACAAAAGAUUGAUUGAUGUUCCAGAUCCGGUGCCAGCUCUGGAUCUUGGGCAGCAGCUCCAGCUCAAAGUGCAGCGCCUGCAUGAUAUUGAAACAGAGAACCAGAAACUUAGGGAAACCCUCGAAGAAUACAACAAGGAAUUUGCUGAAGUCAAAAAUCAAGAGGUUACGAUAAAAGCACUUAAAGAGAAAAUCCGAGAAUAUGAACAGACUCUGAAGAAUCAAGCUGAGACGAUCGCUCUUGAAAAGGAACAGAAGCUACAAAAUGAUUUUGCAGAGAAGGAAAGAAAGCUGCAAGAGACACAGAUGUCCACCACCUCGAAGCUGGAGGAAGCAGAACAUAAAGUUCAGACCCUGCAAACAGCCCUGGAAAAAACUCGAACAGAAUUAUUUGACCUGAAAACCAAAUAUGAUGAAGAAACUACUGCAAAGGCCGACGAGAUUGAAAUGAUCAUGACAGACCUCGAAAGAGCAAACCAGAGGGCAGAGGUGGCGCAGAGAGAGGCGGAGACCUUAAGGGAACAGCUCUCGUCGGCCAACCACUCUCUCCAGCUGGCCUCGCAGAUCCAGAAGGCGCCGGACGUGGAGCAGGCCAUAGAGGUGCUGACGCGCUCCAGCCUGGAAGUGGAGUUGGCCGCCAAAGAGCGGGAGAUCGCCCAGCUGGUGGAGGAUGUGCAGAGACUCCAGGCCAGCCUCACCAAAUUACGUGAGAAUUCGGCCAGCCAGAUCUCCCAGCUCGAGCAGCAGCUGAGUGCCAAGAACAGCACGCUCAAACAACUGGAAGAAAAACUCAAAGGCCAGGCUGACUACGAAGAGGUGAAGAAAGAACUGAAUAUCCUGAAGUCCAUGGAGUUUGCACCAUCAGAGGGAGCUGGGACACAGGAUGCGGCCAAGCCCCUGGAGGUGCUGCUGUUGGAAAAGAACCGCUCGCUGCAGUCCGAGAACGCCGCGCUGCGCACCUCCAACAGCGACCUGAGCGGGCGCUGUGCAGAGCUGCAGGUGCACAUCACCGAGGCCAUGGCUACGGCAACUGAGCAGAGGGAGCUGAUUGCCCGCUUAGAGCAGGACCUGAGCACCAUCCAGUCCAUCCAGCGGCCCGACGCCGAGGGCGCUGCCGAGCACCUGGAGAAGAUCCCAGAGCCCAUCAAAGAGGCCACUGCCCUGUUCUAUGGACCCUCAGCAUUGGCCAGCGGCCCCCUCCCCGAGGGCCAUGUCGAUUCUCUGCUUUCCAUCAUCUCCAGCCAGAGGGAGCGCUUCCGGGCCCGGAACCAGGAGCUAGAGGCUGAGGGCCGCCUGGCUCAGCACACCAUCCAAGCCCUGCAGAGUGAGCUGGACAGCCUGCGUGCGGACAACAUCAAGCUCUUCGAGAAGAUCAAGUUCCUGCAGAGCUACCCUGGCCGGGGUGGUGGCAGUGAUGACACCGAGCUGCGGUACUCAUCCCAGUAUGAGGAGCGCCUGGACCCCUUCUCCUCCUUCAGCAAGCGGGAGCGACAGAGGAAGUACCUGAGCCUGAGUCCCUGGGACAAGGCCACACUCAGCAUGGGGCGCCUGGUCCUCUCCAACAAGAUGGCCCGCACCAUUGGCUUCUUCUAUACGCUGUUCCUGCACUGCCUGGUCUUCCUGGUACUCUACAAGCUGGCUUGGAGCGAGAGCAUGGAGAGGGACUGCACCGCCUUCUGCGCCAAGAAAUUCGCCGACCACUUGCACAAGUUCCACGAGAAUGACAACGGGAUGGCAGCUGGUGACCUGUGGCAGUGACAUCCCGGGGCUUCCCUUACAACAGUGAUGGCUGCAUUCCGCCCCCUCUGCCUGCUCUGCUGCUUCUAAUGACCUAGGCUUCCCUGGAGAUUCCCCACAGAUCUGUCCAUGUCCUCUGCCCUGCAGCUGCCAGAGUUCCUAGGGACCCCCUUGAAAAAAGUCUCAGCCACAUCAGGCUCCCCAGGUUCAGAUAGCCCCCAGUGCCCAGCCAGCCUGGGCCAAGGGUCCCCUCAGGCGGGUGACAGCCUGGGCUCUGCCCAUGGCCUGACCACCAGCCCUGGUGGCCAAGCAUGAGUUACCACUGAUUCUGACCAUGGUUAGUACAGUCUGGAUUCCCUGCGCCUGUCUGCACCUGGGCUCUGGGCCCCACCACUGCUCACAGGAGGCCUUCCUUCCAGACACUCAGGCUCUGAGUCCCCCUAGGCCUGCCUUUAUCAUCAGAGGAUAUGAGAUUCAACAAGACCUGGUCUGCUCACCAUCCCCACCUUACCCUAAGAAGGGGAGCCCCAGAGGUAGGACAGUUCUGGUUAUCCCCCCUCCCCAGUUAUACAUGAUUUCUGCAUUCUUCUUUAGCAAUAUAUCCUAGUUUAUAGAUGAGGAAGGGUCUCCAAUAAGCCCCCCAUGUCUCAGACUCUUCAGACCCCAGGAUGGGUCUGAGGGCCUAGUGCUUCUUGGCCAAGCAGAACUGGCUGUGGGCCAUCAUGGCAUGGCCACCUCUUGGGGUCCCUGGCAGAACCUCCUGCGUUAGAUUUAUGCUUGCAUGUUCGGCUUUGCACACUCAGAAUAAACCAUGGUUGCAACCACA